GGAGAGCUGGGAGCUGUCAUUGGAGCGAGUCUGGCUCGCGCUCCCGGCCAGAUUCCGAGCCGGGAAUUUCGGCGGAUUUAGCUCGCAGGCAAAACGCAAUCCCAGCGCUCCCGGAGCGGCCUCUUUUGUAGAAGCACCUGAGAUGCUGGGUGUGGUGCACUAAACGGUAGCGGCAGCAGCAGCCACAGCAAGCUGGGGCCCUGUGUAGAAGCUCCAUCCCCUUGUCUCUGUGCCCGCCUGACUCAGAGGCAGAUUAUCUUAGAAGAUCUAGGAUUCUGAAAUGUUUCCCCUGAAGGAUGCUGAAAUGGGUGCCUUUACCUUCUUUGCCUCAGCUCUGCCACAUGAUGUUUGUGGAAGUAAUGGGCUUCCUCUUACACCAAAUUCCAUCAAAAUUUUGGGGCGAUUUCAAAUCCUUAAGACCAUCACUCAUCCCAGACUUUGCCAGUAUGUGGAUAUUUCUAGGGGAAAGCAUGAAGAAGUGUUUAUUGCCUUCUUAUGUGGUUGCUGUGUAGAGCAUAAGAAGGUAUUGCAUAAGCUGAGACACUUAAUAGAGAGACUGGUGGUGGUAGCUGAACACUGUGAACGGAGUCUAGAAGACUUGCUUCGAGAGAGGAAACCCAUGAGCUACUCAAAGGUUUUGUGCAUAGCAUUUGAGGUACUUCAGGGUUUGCAGUAUAUGAACAAACAUGGUAUAGUACACCGGGCACUUUCUCCUCAUAAUAUUCUUUUGGACCGAAAGGGACAUGUUAAAUUGGCUAAAUUUGGACUUUAUCACAUGACAGCUCAUGGUGACGAUGUUGAUUUCCCAAUUGGGUAUCCAUCAUACUUGGCACCCGAGGUAAUUGCACAAGGAAUUGUCAAAAGCACUGAUCAUAUGCCAAGUGAAAAACCAUUGCCUUCUGGCCCCAAAUCAGAUGUGUGGUCUCUUGGAAUAAUUUUAUUUGAGCUUUCUGUGGGAAGAAAAUUAUUUCAAAGCUUGGAUAUUUCUGAAAGACUAAAAUUUUUGCUUACAUUAGAUUGCGUAGAUGACACUAUAAUAGUUCUGGCUGAAGAACAUGGUUGUCUGGACAUUAUAAAGGACCUUCCUGAAAAUGUGAUAGAUCUUUUGAAGAAGUGUCUCACCUUCCACCCUUCCAAGAGGCCAACUGCAGAUGAAUUAAUGCAGGAUAAGGUAUUCAGUGAAGUGUCACCUUUAUAUACUCCCUUUACCAAACCUGCCAGUCUGUUUUCAUCUUCUCUAAGAUGUGCUGAUUUAACUCUGCCUGAGGAUAUCAGCCAGCUGUGUAAAGAUGUAAACAGUGAUUACCUGGCAGAAAGAUCUAUUGAAGAAGUAUAUUACCUUUGGUGUUUAGCUGGAGGUGACUUGGAGAAGGAGCUUGUCAACAAGGAAAUCAUUCGAUCCAAACCACCUAUCUGCACACUUCCCAAUUUUCUCUUUGAAGAUGGUGAAAGCUUUGGGCAAGGUCGAGACAGAAGCUCACUGUUGGAUGACACCACUGUGACGUUGUCAUUAUGCCAGCUAAGGAAUAGAUUAAAAGAUGUUGGUGGAGAAGCAUUUUACCCACUACUUGAAGAUGACCAGUCUAAUUUACCUCAUUCAAACAGCAAUAAUGAGUUGUCUGCAGCUGCCACUCUCCCUUUAAUCAUCAGAGAGAGGGACACAGAGUACCAACUAAACAGAAUCAUUCUCUUUGACAGGCUGCUAAAGGCUUAUCCAUAUAAAAAAAAUCAAAUCUGGAAGGAAGCACGAGUUGACAUUCCUCCUCUUAUGAGAGGUUUAACAUGGGCUGCUCUUCUGGGAGUUGAGGGGGCUAUCCAUGCCAAAUACGAUGCAAUUGAUAAAGACACUCCAAUUCCUACAGAUAGACAAAUUGAAGUGGAUAUUCCUCGUUGUCAUCAGUACGAUGAACUGCUGUCAUCACCAGAAGGUCAUGCAAAAUUUAGGCGUGUAUUAAAAGCCUGGGUCGUGUCUCAUCCUGAUCUUGUGUAUUGGCAAGGUCUUGAUUCGCUUUGUGCUCCAUUCCUAUAUUUAAAUUUUAAUAAUGAAGCCUUGGCUUAUGCAUGUAUGUCUGCUUUUAUUCCCAAAUACCUGUAUAACUUUUUCUUGAAAGACAACUCGCAUGUAAUACAAGAGUAUCUGACUGUGUUCUCUCAGAUGAUUGCUUUCCAUGAUCCAGAGCUGAGCAAUCAUCUCAAUGAGAUUGGAUUUAUUCCAGAUCUCUAUGCCAUCCCUUGGUUUCUCACCAUGUUUACCCAUGUAUUUCCACUGCACAAAAUUUUCCACCUCUGGGACACCUUACUCCUUGGGAACUCCUCUUUCCCAUUCUGUAUUGGAGUAGCAAUCCUCCAGCAGCUUCGGGACCGGCUUUUGGCUAAUGGCUUUAAUGAGUGCAUUCUUCUCUUCUCUGAUUUACCAGAAAUUGACAUUGAACGCUGUGUGCGAGAAUCAAUCAACCUCUUUUGUUGGACUCCUAAAAGUGCUACUUACAGACAGCAUGCUCAACCUCCAAAGCCAACUUCUGAUAGCAGUGGAGUCAGAAGUUCAACACCUUUUUUCUCCACUGAGUGUCCAGAUCCUCCGAAAACAGAUUUGUCAAGAGAAUCCAUCCCAUUAAAUGACCUAAAGUCAGAAGUAUCACCCAGGAUUUCAGCAGAGGACCUGAUUGACUUGUGUGAACUCACAGUGACAGGCCAUUUCAAAACACCCACGAAGAAGACAAAGUCCAGUAAACCAAAGCUCCUGGUAGUUGACAUCCGGAACAGUGAAGAUUUUAUUCGGGGUCAUAUUUCAGGCAGCAUCAACAUUCCAUUCAGUGCUGCGUUCACUGCAGAUGGAGAGCUUACCCAGGGCCCUUUCACUUCUGUGCUCCAGAGCUUCAAAGGGAAGGUCAUUGUCAUCGUGGGGCAGGUGGCAAAGCACACAGCAGAGUUCGCAGCUCACCUUGUGAAGAUGAAAUAUCCAAGAAUAUGUAUUCUCGAUGGCGGCAUUAAUAAGAUCAAGCCAACAGGCCUCCUCACCGUCCCAUCUCCUCAAAUAUGAAGAACCAAGAAAGAGUGUGAUAGUCAAAAGGACAGAGUGGUAUCAGCCCCCAACAGCACAACUCUUCACAACCUUACCUCUCACCGACAGAACUAGACUUCCAGAUUGUUGCAUUUCCAUAAAGUUUUGUCAUGAAACAUUUUUUUAAAUCUCAUAACCCACAUGCUCAGCUAUCCAGGCAAUAAACUUGACUGUACAUGUA